CUAAUAUCCCCUCCACCUAGGGCACUAUGAUGAUAUCUCUGCUCUCUCAACCAUCUCUGCCGGACCAUCUCUGCUAGCUCUCUCUCAAUUGUCGGAUCGCGUAUGUCAUCUUCGGCAAAGAAAAGAGGCACCAGCGAUAUUGAUAAUAGUGGCAACCUUCGUGGAACAAUAUGAACAGGGUCGGCGACUUCAUCACCCCCUUCGUUGAUGAACAACAACGACACUCGCCGUUGUCUUGCUCUGCUUCUGGUUGGCAUGAGAUGCACACAUAUAUUGUUGGUGCUAAAUUUAAAAAUCACUAAUGAUGGUCUUUGAAGUGUUUGAACAGGUUUUGGUGAUGACACAAGAGGUGGAGUGCAAGUCAUCAGAUCAGCCCAAAGGGAGGAUGCAUUCACACAAAAAAGUCCAAGUACGCUCUAGUAAAAGUUAACUUAAAGCAUUAUUUGGUUUUGUUUGGUUAUCAAUUAAUCCUUUGUGUAGAAACUUGAUGAUGAUAGUGUGCAUGAACAUCUCCCCUCCUCACCCACUCAUACUUCACUUUUUACUUUGCACACUAGACCACACGUCGAACUUUGGCUUUCAACAUAUACAUCAUUUUUGACUUUUUGAGGCAUGUCUUAGAAGCUGACUUUCAUGUUUCUGCUGGUAUAUGGAUAUGUUCAGAUAGGAGUAUGGGUUUGGGCGAUUCAGAAUUCAGCAUGUGAGUAUCGAUAUAUGAAAUACUUUUAUUGGCUUGCAAGUUUAAUAUGCUAGUUCUAUAUGGAAGAAUUUUUUACACAAACUUCUAUAUGGAUGUGCACAAAUUGAUGCUACUAAUAUACUGCAAUAAAUUGAUUACAAUAGAUUGAUUCUAUCUUGGGUAUUUACUUUGGGUGGUUCUUACUCUUUUUUGUAAAUAUAGAUGAGUUUAAACUGAAGCUAGUAAAGCCUCUAGUCUGAUACUACUAAAGCCUCUGGUCACCUGCUGUUUUAUAGGUAUGGACCAUGGUUUACGUACUGCUCAUGCUAAUUUGAAGGCAGUAGCAAGUGACAUGAACUCUGCUUUUUGGCAGCAGAUCUUAGAAGAGUGAUAUUCUGCAGAUGAUUUCAACACAGGCAGACAAGGCUUGAUAUUUGGCUAUCUGAGACUUAUUUUAUAGUGGUGGCACUGUCGGAAGAGACAAUGCUACAAUCGUUGAGAACGUUCUUCUUGUUGAGGGCCUCAAGCACAAUCUUCUUAUGAUUAGCCAAUUAUGUGAUAGAGGUAAUCGUGUCAUCUUUGCUUCUAGUAAAUGCAUUGUAGAAUGCUUGUGUGACAAUAAGGUUAUUCUUUGUGGUAAUAGGGUAGAUAACAUUUAUAUGUUUGAUCUUGAAAAUUAUCCAUCUACCUUAGUUAAGUGCAUUAUUACUAAAGAGGAGGAAACGUGGCUAUGCCAUCGUUAGAUAGCUCACGUUAACAUGGACCAUCUUAACAAAUUGGUCUCUAAGAACUUAGUAAUUGGUUUUCCUAAACUUAAGUUUGAGAAGAAUCUAAUUUGUGAUGCAUGUCAAAAGGGGAAGCAAGUUCUUAUGACAAAGAAGAAGAAAUCGUCAAGGAAAAGGAACCAUAGGAAGAGAAAACGCAAGAGGAAACGUGAUUUCCCUAAGAAAUGGAGAACGCUAAAGGAUCACCCGAUUGAAAACGUCAUUGGUGACAUAAGGCAGGGAGUAUCCACUUCUAAUUCUCUUAGGGACACAAUUAAUCACAUGGCCUUUGUUUCACAAAUUGAACCAACAACUAUUUUGGACGCUAUUAAUGAUGAACAUUGGUCUAUAAGAGCAUCCACAGUGGCAACAUCUCUUAUUGGAUGCCCAAGUGUGGGCUCCACUAUAAAGAUGUCAUCUAGCACCUCUCUCAACAUUCCAUUCUUUCAAUGGUAGCAACUCAUUUGGAUGCCUAAAUAUCUAUUCCAUUAAUAUAGUGGGUCCACUAAAAUAUAUUUAAAUUCUAUUUUUUGUUAAUUGUAAGUAUUUAGUUUUAUAAUAAAUUACGGAGUAUUAAUUAUACGAAACUUGAAAAUAAAACCUCACAAUGUUAUAUUGAAAAAAACUACUCUUUAUAUUUUAAAACUAGCUUGUUGUCACCUCAAUUGCAACUAGUUGGGAGUGGUGGUGUUCUGGUUGAUAGAAAUAAUUCCAUAAAUAUUUAUUAAAAAAAUUUUUAUUAAAAAAGUAGUAACUCAAUGAAGAAGUUUUCCUCAAAACCCAUUGCGAUCAAGAAUACAAAAUAACUAAGAAAAUCACAUAAGAAAGCAAGCUGGAUAGG